AUGGGGGGCAAGAGAGACGCAGAGGGCAGAACACACGUGGUGGGCAAGAGGAACGCAGAGAGCAGCACACACGUGGUGGGCAAGAGGGACGCAGAGAGCAGCACACACGUGGUGGGCAAGAGGGACGCAGAUAGCAGCACACACGUGGUGGGCAAGAGGGACGCAGAUAGCAGCACACACGUGGUGGGCAAGAGGAACGCAGAUAGCAGCACACACGUGGUGGGCAAGAGGAACGCAGAUAGCAGCACACACGUGGUGUGCAAGAAUAGCAGCACACACGUGGUGGGCAAGAGGAACGCAGAUAGCAGCACACACGUGGUGGGCAAGAGGAACGCAGAGAGCAGCACACACGUGGUGGGCAAGAGGAACGCAGAUAGCAGCACACACGUGGUGGGCAAGAGGAACGCAGAGAGCAGCACACACGUGGUGGGCAAGAGGAACGCAGAUAGCAGCACACACGUGGUGGGCAAGAGGAACGCAGAUAGCAGCACACACGUGGUGGGCAAGAGGAACGCAGAUAGCAGCACACACGUGGUGGGCAAGAGGGACGCAGAGAGCAGCACACACGUGGUGGGCAAGAGGGACGCAGAUAGCAGCACACACGUGGUGGGCAAGAGGAACGCAGAGAGCAGCACACGUGAGACCUAUGGCACCUAG